GUAUGCUGCAACUGUCAACGACGAACCCGACAAGCCGCAGUGAACAGUUGGUUGCACACUCACAUACAUCUCGCCGUUCUCGACCUCACCCCUCUACCCCCAACAAUCUCGAUUCACGAUGGCCAUCGAGGAGACUUCCACUUCCCUCUUCUCCACCUUCACCUCCUUCUUCCUCCCCACGGCUCACGCCGAGGAGCCAAGCCCCGAGGCUUCGGAGGAGGUCCCUGCUGCGGAGCCUGAGGCCGAGGCUGAGGAGCCCGCCGAGGAGCCCGCCGAGGAGGAGGAGGAGGAGGAGGAGGAGCCCGAGGACCAAGCGCCUGCCAUCCGCGAGGACUGCGAGCAGAACGAGUGCAAGGAGCCCGCCAAGCACUUCAAGCACUGCGCCGACAAGGUCGAGGCUGGCAAGGGCUGGCACGGCGAGGACUGCGUUGAGGAGCUCUUCCACCUCAUGCACUGCGUCGACGCCUGCGCAGCCCCCAAGCUCUUCAAGAAGCUGGCUUAAGUGUAGCAUAGAAUCCCACUCGACGGGCGUAGCCACUUCACAACCUCCGAAGCUGUUAGAGUUUGGAGAACCAAAACCGGAUGCAACAAUCUCGAAUAUA